AUGAGCAAGCGCAGGUUUGAAGGAUCAAUGAUGACAGGUUCAGUUGUAGAUACUCCAGGCCCUAAGAUCUUGAAGGAUGAUGGAUUGGUCUACACAAUCCUCAUGUGCCUGAGCCUGUCGGAAGUACGAAAGUUGUGGCGUUUGCGGCGCACCUUUUUUAAAGUGCUGAAGGACAAGGUUGUGCCGUUACUAGCCCUUGCCGAGAGAGAUUGGAGCAUCGUCCGAGUCUUUCUGGACUCUGGAGCUUUCCAGUACAACUUGGACUCGGUCUUCACCGAGGCCGUUCUAGAGAGCGACUUCAAGGGCCUUAGACUAUUGGCUGAGAGGAGAUAUUCCUUUGCAGCCUUCCGCCACCAAGCCAACUCGCGGGACGUGCAGCGCUUGACGUCUUUCGUGCGGAAGGCAUUGAAGAAGGGCUAUGUGGACAAGCUCUCCUUGCUGAGAUCGCUUCACUACGAUUUACAGCAGGAUCUGCAGGAGUCAGCUGCAAUUACUGGGGGAAUUGCGGAGCAGCUCCAAAGUGAAGGGUCCAUCACCGUGGACUUUUUGGGCUCCAGAAACACGUUUCGCUUCAGCAUGCUGGAGUUGGCGACCAGCAAUUAUGCUGAGCAGAAGAUCCAGGAUCUCUGCAAACUUCGAAUCUUCUUGUACAAAGUGCCUUUUGUCUUGUCCUCUUUUUUGAAGGCCGGUGCCUGCACCAACUCCUUCAUGCAGCUUGAGACUUGCGGGUACCUGCUGCUCUUGGCCUUAGCUGCCGAAUCCUUCAACUUUGUCUAUCUUUUGAUUCAGGAGGCGGUGAACGUGCAGCAGGUGCUCGAAUCGUACAGUUCCGAGCUCCUGCUGAUGGUAAGUAAGGCUAUGGGUACCCGGCCCGGUGUUUUGGACUUACUGCACUUUUGUGGCUACCAACUACCGGAGGAGCAGCAGCAGUUUGAUGCAGAGGUUUUGGCCAGCGUGCGUUCGCAGGACUUCGCCACAGUGGAACGGAUGUCGAAGCUGGGCUUCUCCCUCCACGACUUUGCGGGGCGGCAGCAGGUUGAGUUGAGCCCCCUGCUGCAGAAGGGCUUGGAGGACUUGUGCGAGUCCGCAGUGGUUAGUGAGGAAGAGGGACUCGACGCUGGAAAGGACAGCAGUGAAGGUGUGAAAUCCCCGACCUCCGCCAUCCGACGUUUGGCCCAGAUCGAUCGGCGCAUGUUGGAGCGCCACUUUCAGAGUAGCGAGUUCUUGGAAUUUGCGCAUACAUUGAUGUCCAGCAAAGAUUUCAUCAAGAUGCGACAAUUAGUGGAGGUUCAUCCCUACACCUUCAGACCUUACUUCGAGAAGAAUUACAAAGCCAUGGAGGAGCUUCUCUUGGAUGCGUUCUGCCGUCGGCAGAUCGCUCUGAUUGUGGACUUGACCUCCUUGCGUUUGCCGAUCGCUCCCUUCUUGCAGAGCCAUCAGGAACAACUGGAUAUAGUGCUACGAGAGUCCUGGUUUGCUUCCAAGGCUUGGACAGAGCUAGUGAUGCUUCGCUUGGAGGUGAAGGACUUCGACUUCGGCGCCUUCUUCCAGCGAACCUGUGAAGAGAUCGAUUUCGCCGUCAUGGGCAUCAUCCAGGAUGGAUAUUGGUUCGACUUGCACAAAUUGGCGCAGCUGGAUUUUGACUUUGACAAGUUCUUUGACCGGCGCUUUGCUGAGGUCUCCAAAGCCGUGAUGCAGUUCAUGACCAUGCCCCAUCCACACUUCGUGCUCUUACGCGAGCUCUCAGCCCUCAGAUUCCCCUGGGAUCGUUUCAUGGAGGAACAUGGCAAUUGCGUUUUGUCCUCAAAGGUGGCCGGCAAAGAGGUCCUGAGCUCCGGCGUGCAUUGCUGGGAGGUGGAAGUGACCUCUGGCGCAACGGCCAACAACAACCGCGACAUCUACAUCGGUGUGGCAGUGCCGGGCUGUGACGUUGAGAAGGGCGAGCAUCAUGAGAAGGGCAAAGCUUGGUAUCUCCGUACGCAUGAUGGUAACACCUAUGGCAGCAACGUGGAGAACGAAGAUGCGGCGAAGAAGGGCAAACUCUUCGUGCCCGGAGAUCGGGUGGGGCUAAGGCUCGACUGCAAUGAUGGCUCCCUGCGCUUCUACAGAAAUGGCGAACCCUUUGGAGACCAGUUCCCCCCUGGCAGCAUCACUUCGCCAGUGGUCCGCGCCGUUGAGCUGAAAUGUCAAGGCCAAUCUGUGACGCUGCUGCCAGAAGGAAAGGUCCCUCAGUCUGUGACACUGCUGCCAGAAGUGCAGGGUGCAUGA